AUGGCCACGUCACUCCGUGACUAUUCAACCCCCACUGUUGCCAACGUGCCCAUUGGGUCCGCAGUCAACACUGGGAAUGGAAACUUCGAGCUUCGCACUGGCCUACUCACGAUGGUGCAGGAUGUCGCACCUGAAAGUGUCAAGCUCCGCUUGUUUCCCUUCUCCCUCUCGGGGAAGGUGAAGCAAUGGUUCUACCAGAGCAAGGAAGCUGUCAACACAUGGGACAAAUGUUCCACAGCGUUCCUCGUGAAAUUUUUCCCCAUGAGCAAAACAAAUGCUCUGAGGGGAAAGAUAUCAAACUUCCAGCAGACUUCACUCGAAUCCAUUCGUGAGGCUUGGGAAAGGCUCCAGGAAUACAUCCGGGCCUGCCCCCACCACGGGAUGGAAGAUUGGCUCAUGCUUCAGAAUUUCUACGAGGGUCUCACGCCCAUGUCUAAGGGGCAUGUCGAUGCCGCUACUGGAGGCGCGUUCCUCUCCCUGACCAUCGAGAAUGCUACGACAUUAAUUGAGAAGAUGAGAUUGGACGGACAUGCCACUGAUCCUACCACCGGCACUAUCCAAGCCAUCGACUCACGCAUGACGUGUAAGGAAUGUGGGAAUGUUGGCCACAUGGGGAUCAAUUGCCCUAGUACCCAGGAGGAUGCAUCGUUCAUCAACAACGGGUUCCGCCAACAACAGCAAGGUCAAGCCAAAAUCAAUGAAAAUCUUGUUAAAAAGCUUUCUGAAAAUGAUCAAAUGUUUGUCAACAUAAAUACAAAGCGUGAUGGCCUGACCCUUUCUGUUAGAGAUCAGUUAGCUUUUAAUAAGAAGAUCGAGUCAAAAGUAGCUCAGCUUGCUUCUGUUGCUAAAGCUGUUGUUUCUCCUCAUUCUGUGGAAAAUGUAAAUGCGGUGACCACGAGAGGGGGUAAGACCACUCAUGAUCCCCCUUAUCCUAACCAUAAGAUAGGAAGGGCGCCACGGCAACAGGAGGGAACACAGGUAGAAGGGUUGGCUCAACCAUCAGAAGAAUCCAUAGAAGACGAGCCGACCCCAAACAACUAUGGGGACACCACGAUGCUACCCUUUCCCACACGAGAAAGGAGGAAGAAGAAGGACGAAAAUGAACAGUUGAUCCGCUUCGUGGAAAUGGUCGAAAAGACGCACGUCAGUGUACUGUUGAUGGAUGUCUUGCAUAUUCCGUCCUACUCCAAGUUCAUCAAGGACAUCAUCAACAAGGAGCGACCAUUGCCGUCCACUGAAGUUGUCAAGCUGAUAGAAGAAUGUAGCGCAGCUAUACUCAAUGAGCUGCCUAAGAAGAAGCAGGAUCUUGGGAUAGUGUAUGAGCGGUUUCAACUUGCCGGCAAACGUCCACAGUGA